UUCUUCUCUCCAAACUUGAACUGUGACUGCCUGUGAAAGUCUGCGACACCAUCCGAGAUUCAGAUCAUCACCGAGAGAGACCCCAAAGAGAUGUUCCUACGAGUGAUCGGACGGCCAUUAUUGGCCAGAGUGAAGCAGACGACGGGAAUCGUCGGUUUGGAUGUGGUCCCCAAUGCCAGGCAGAUCCUCAUCGAGCUCUACAACAAAACCCUAAAGGAGGUUGAGGCCAUACCAGCCGAUGAGGGUUACCGCAAGGCCGUGGAGCACUUCACACGACAUCGCCUCAAGGUUUGUGAGGAAGAAGAAGAUUGGGAGGUCAUCGAGAAGCGACUUGCCUGUGGUCAGGUCGAGGAGCUUAUCGAGGAGGCACAAGAUGAGCUCACCCUCAUCGGAAAGAUGAUUGAGUGGGAUCCCUGGGGUGUUCCAGAUGACUAUGAAUGCGAGGUGAUUGAGAACGACGCUCCAGUUCCAAAGCAUGUACCUUUACAUCGACCUGGUCCUCUUCCGGAGGACUUCUACAAAACGCUGGAGUCCCUUCAAGAUUCUUCAACAAGGACCCCUCCACCGCCACUGCCAACUGCGGCCACUUAUAGUGAGUCACAACCAAAGGAGUAAAGUAAUAGCAGCGUGUAUGUCCAAGGAUCUUCUUCAACAUUUUGUUUGUGUUCUCGUUUGAGUUUAAAUCGCUGAACAUGAAGCUUGAAUUUUUUAAUAAUCUAUACUUGAAAUGGCCUCGCAUCAUCUUUUUUUUUCUUCUUUCAUUGCUGAUUUCUGCGCUUGCGGUGUAUCCGAAACAAGAAAUGCGAUGCAAUAUUUGCUGGCUUUUAGCAUAUUUUCUACCUAAAAGUAUGCGGCCAGGACAAGGGAUCUUUAUAACUAGAAUUUAUAUUUGUGGA